UGCGGAGCACUACCAGUAAAUGCCAGGUUACAUCAGUAUUGUUUUAUCUCAGCCUACUUCGGGACAUUGGAGUGUUCUAGUACAGCACACAAACACGAGUAAUGUUUUCAGUUGGUAGGCGUCUUGCACUCUCUCUCCCUCUCUUCCUCCACUUGACUUUAAUUCGGUCUAGUACGCGUCAUCCUCCAGGACUCGCCUCCACGCAUUAUUGUGGGCUAUACUUUCUGCCUGAAAUACUAUAAAAUCCAACGCAAACAAAAACAAAACAAACAAAUCACAGCUGACAUUACUCACUCCCCCAGUAAGCACAUCCCUUUCCCCUUGUGCUUCUUUGGAGGGGACUUUGUGAAGAAGCGGAGGAUGAAUCUGUUUGAGCACACGCUGUCAGGAUGAGCUGAUGUGCGCGCUGCAUCAAGUGCGCGGUGGUGAUGCUCCGGUAUAAAACAGCCCGUUGUAUUUUGGCACACAGGGGGGAUGCAUCAGUUUAACCCUCGGCUCUGCCCUCCGAACUCGCCCGUACAGUAUUCAGUCUAGAUAAGUUGAGAGGAUGUGUGAUCGUAUUGCGAGGAAUCCUGCCGCACGAUAUUGCUGAGGAUCUCUCUCUCUGUUCGCUUUCUCUUCAACUUCGAUGGCUUGAGUGGCCCGUUGGUACUCAUGCUCGCAGCCGAGGAGGGAUGUAAGGCACCGGGCUAUCUACAGCCCUCACACUGCACCGAGUAGCGGCGUGAUUCCGGUCGCUAUUUGAGUGCCAAUACGCAAAAAAACUACUUUUGAGAUGUGAGUUAUCGAGAUUUGUUACUCGUUUGACCGGGUCGACUGUCCUAUGCUAUCGACAACGGGAUAUCAAGAGGAAAAUGAUUGUGGCAUAAACUAUUUCUGGAGACGCCUGUCACAGAUAUCGCCGCUGAACUGGACAGGGUGGAUGGUUAUUUCCCAAACAGUUCAAGCCUAUGUAUACUGCAUUCAUUUGUUGGAAACGCUGCCUAGUAUUUUCGAGAACAGCGCAAGAGGAAUGCUGGUCCAAGAUUUAAUGCCAUUCACUUUAGGUUUUUGGCCUUUUUUCUUCAGUCAUUGCCUUCUCUCACUGUUUUUACUCUCAUGUCAGGGAGAACUCCAGAGGUCAUGCUCACGAACUGUGGCGGAGAAAGUUAGUGAACAGUGCCAGCCUGCAUGCCACUGUAGAAGAUACCCUCCUCUUCCUCCGCCGCCACCACCACCGCCUCCUCCACGGCUACUGGGCACGACAGGGCCACAACCCAUGGUGCCCUUGUUGAGGCCCUGGUGGAUGGAGAUGGACAUUAUAGUGCUUGCAACGGUGGGCUGUGCCUCAGUUGUCUUCCUCCUCUCAGCCAUCAUUAUCUGUUACAAGGCCAUCAAGAGGAAACCACUACGAAAAGAAGAGAACGGGACAAGUCGUGGGGAAUAUGCCAUGAGUAUCCGUAACAAGAAGGCCACGGGUACGAACAACACUGUGGUAUAGACUGUCUCCUGGUAGAUAUAGGAAGUGAUAUCACCAUCACCUUCUCUCAGCUGUCCCCAAACACAACAAAUCCCUUCUCACCCAAAAAGCAACAUGGUUUUACCCGAGGUUAUCAAAUAGGUAAAGCUUCUCUUUUUGCUUGGCACAGGGCCCGGACUGUGAACACCUUCAGCUCAAAAAGAGCUGUAUAAGAUGGAAGGUUAAAAAAAUCAUGGCCAAAAGGAGGAAAAGAAAGAUCCAUAAACCCCUGUGGUGUCAAAAGUGGCACAGCAGGCUGAACAUUGUGCUCUUAGUAACAGCAUGUGUUGCUGACAGGCUGGUUGGCUGCUGGCUGGAGAGGGACUGUCUGCCAGUCUGCCGCAGAUCCAGGCCUCACUCACUGUUGAUAUCUGCAGUGGAACAACAGACUAUACAACAGCCCUGCAGUCUCAUGGGCGACCAGACAGGACAGCUCAUCAGACACCAAUAAAUAAAAUGCAUGCAGUUUUUUUAGAGAAUGCAACAUUUUUUAUAUUCUAAUCCUCACACUGUCCAUCUUUUGUUCUCCGUUUCUGAGACAGAUGCUUUGUGAGAGGCAUGAUGUUACUGUCGGCCCUGGCUCUGAGAGAUGGAUUCAUCUGACUAUGCAAUUUAAUGAAAUCCAUAUAAAACAGAGGAGCAAUGACAUCAGCGUGGGGCGCUGUGGUUAUUUUACCAUGCCAAAAUUGCCACUGAAGACUCAGUUUAAUAUCAUUCAGUCAUUGAUCUAUUUAUUUGUUGUAUUUAUUUAUAUAUCUGCCUUUGGAUUUAUUUUUCUACUUAAAAGGAAAAAACUGUCUUGUAAGUUACUUUCAUCUUGGUAAAGCGUGAACACCAUCAUGAGUCCAUUUGAUUUAGUUCUGUUUUUUAGGUGAAUAAUGUAUAAAUCAUAUCAUUCAUUUGUGAUGCUCCAAUGCUUUAAGCCUGCUGUCAGUUUGUUAAGACACUGAUGCAGAAAACACGCUUGCUCUGCAAACAGUUUUGGCAUCUGUUGUUUUGUCUCUGGGUGUUUGAUACGCUUUUCUCUGAUUCCCUGAGAGUUCAGCUAAAAAAGUUCAGGGGUCUCUAUGAUGUGCCAUGUGAUUGUGUGUUUUUACAAACAUUAUUUCUGUGCUGCAUCAAAAGGCAGGCCCUGUAUUAGAUUUGUUAAAUGUACUAUCGUCAGGUUAAAUCUUGUUGAGUCUUGGGCAUCAGCUCGAUGCUUUCAGCCAUGUUUUGUUUGGAUUUGACAAUCUUCAGUUUUCUAUCUGUCAGGCAGGGCUUAGCCCAUUACUAUAGAAACAGGGGGCAUGAGCCCUGGGCUGACCCUGUGACUGGUGAGAGACAGGAGACUUAACCAAUAGCCAGAGAUCAGGUUGCACAGCGGAUGGCCUCAGCAGGGAUGUGUGUGACUCAGUGCUGUCACAGGCAUCCUCCACAUCUCCCCCUGGAAAAACACAACUGAGCUGAACUGGAGCAUCACUCAACGCUGUUCUGCUUUUUUACAAUAAAUCUGAGCGUAUCUGUGAACGCAUGUGUGUGCGUGCUUGAGUGUGUGUGUGUGUGUGUGUGUGUGUCUGAGAGUGAGCAUGCAGAUGAGUGUUCUCACUGAGAGUGGGCUGUGCUCUGUGGCUGUCAGUUAAGUAUAGAUUUUGGCUAAACUGUGGACAUUUGAAAACACAUGCUUGCAUUUAAACAUGCACAGGUAUCAGUUAACAGUAUAUCCCCCAUAUACCUAUAAGAGAGAAGCAAUGAAUGCAUGAAUGUAAAUAUCGAUAUUUAAAUAUCUGCCUUCUGGACUGUUAAUUCAUGUACAGUGUAACAGAACAUAUGUUUAUACAUAGUAAAACUUAAAACAAUGUGCUACCAUUUAGAAUUGUGUCAGUGUUGUCAUGUUGAUGGAGCAAGCCAUUAAUGUACAUAUAGCAAUCAGUAGGACAUACACAAUUUAUGCAUUAUACCAAACAGACGUGCAUAAGUCGAGUUCAUUGCUGAGUUUUUCAGUUGUAAAUAAACUGUACAUAACAGAUCUACAGUCUAUUGUGUUUAAAGAAAUACAGUAUAUGUGUAGAUUUUUCAAAUCUGUUAUGAUGUGAUGACAAACUGCGGCAUAUGGGGCAAAGGUGAUAGUUAUUUUAGCCCAUGGCCAUCCUGUCUGCACUGUGCUGUCGUGUGUCAUUCAUGUCUUGAGCAGAGCUGUACUGUCCGUGAUCUCCUGUCCCCCACCAAAAAAAUUCCCU